AAUUAUUAUUCAUUUGAAUUUAUCAACUUGAACAAGAAAGACACCAGUACUAUAGUGCUUGGUUGUACAGAUGUUGGCUUGAGAACGACCACAGUAUACAUGUCAAAAGAAAGAAUGAAGCUAAGGGAACUUACCGUGAUCCAUUACAUCGUACUAAACUUUGUUUGUGCAUAUGAUGAGUCACCAUUCCAGUGUUCGCCACGUUGUAUUUGUUUUUUGGAUGAUGAUAAAGUUCUGACUGCUAAAUGCAAAAUACAAAAUGGGGAUCAUCGUGCAAUUAUCCUACCAGAUACCGUUCAAAAACUUGAUCUAUCAAGUAGUAAUCUGACAGAAGUUCCAAGCCUGGCAUUCUCACAGCUGCAGAAUAUAAGUGGCCUUUCUUUAGCCAACAACCACAUUUCGAAAAUUAACGAACACUCCUUCAAGCACCUCCCAACCCUUCAAAAGAUGAAUCUUUCAAAUAACAGCUUGAGGGAAUGGGAUAUCGUCCAAAUAGAUGAUUUAGCAAAUCUCACAGUUGUAGAUAUCAGUGGGAACGCGUUCAUGCCUGACCAGCGGUUUCUUCGUCUGCCAAUGCUCAAAAUGAUCAUUGGGGUAGCCUGGAGAAAAGAAUGUGAAGACUGCUUGAUAGUCAAGACGGAGGCAGUAGAAGAAUCAUUUGGUCAAUCAUAUGGAUUCUGUGCUAUCAAAGAAACAAGUUUUAGUUUUCAUGAAGAAAUAGAUUAUGGGAUGUCCAUUUUCUUCGCCAAAAACGGGUUUUCACCUCAAUGCUUGUGUCAGGAUGAAAGUUGUGCUGAUACAGAGAUUAACAAACCUUACAACAUGAAACUAAACUUGAUCAUAAGGCAUUUAUUUUACGUGGAAUAUAUCUUCGGUUUUAUAGCUAUUGGCCUCAACUUUGUUGUAGUGUUAACGAUAGCGUUUUCUAGGACUUUGUAUAAACCGCCAUUUCUUCUUCUAUGCAAUAUUGCUUUAUGUGACCUUUUCAUGGGUGUAUAUACUGUUCUUAUUGGUAGAUAUACAGUUUAUGAAUUUAUCACGAACGAAGAAAGCUAUAAAGGUAUGGAUACGAUGGUGAAUUUGUAUUGCAGUGUGAUGGGAUUCAUCUUUACGACAUCUCAAGUAGUCGUGACUUUGACCUCAUUGCUAACUACCUUGGAAAGAUACUUCAGCAUUGUUUACUGUAUGGAUCCUUCCAAGAAGUUACGAAAGAAGAUGACAUCCGUGCUGAUCAUAAUGAUCUGGUGUUGUGGCAUCACGUAUGCUGCUUUACCUCUGUUCCGUGUGGGAGGACUUAGGUACCACGGAGAGUUUACUUGCAUGUUACCAUUUCUUGAUGGUCCAUUGAUAUCCAAUGUCAGUGAUUCGACCUUUGUGGUAGCUGUUUUACUUUCUCUGCUUUAUAUUAUCAGUAUAUUUUUAUAUUUACCCAUAUAUAGAUCUGUUAAAAAUUCUAAUGUAAAUGCUGGCGUUAGGAGAAAUGCCACUCUUGCUAAAAACAUAGCAGUAAUGAUCACUACUAAUUUCAUCUUUAGUUUACUACCACUAAUAUCAACAAUCCUCUUCGUGUACUGCUAUGAUCAAUGUAUGGCCAUUUUUGAGGUAAAUUCUCUAAAGCAACUACAAAUCUUUUUUAUAUGCCUAUCAUGGUUACCGAUAGUAUUACUCAGCAUCAAUUCCUGCUUAAAUCCUUUACUUUGCGCCUUUCGCAAUCCUAAGAUUAAGUUUCGUUUGUUUUUAUUUUUCAAACGAAUUAAGAAUUCUGUUUCAAAAGAGGAAAACUCGAACUCAGAUAGCUGUUGGAGAAGUGGGGCAGUUGGAGGGAUUGAAUUGGCAGACACUAAUAACAGCAUCCAAACAAUAGGAAUCAAAAACCUGGUUUAUUAG